UCCCCAUAGAAGGGCCCCAGGAGAAUGCAAAAGAGGGGACUGUCCUGGGUCAGUCCAGCACAGAAGGAUCCCCACUGAGGGCUGCUCACCUGCCCUGGGGACUCAGAACACACAUGACCUGCCCUACUAGAACUCUGGCAGGCACCUCCCCAGGAAGCCCCAGGAUCCCAGAGAUACACGGGAUACACUGAGACCCUGAUGCUCCUACCUCUCGCCAGCACCCUUCAACACCACAGAAGCAGCCAACAUGCCAGUCACCAAGUGCCCAAGAAAAUCAGAGCCCCUGUGGAAGGGGUGGGACUGGAAAGCCCAGAAGAAUGGACUGAGGCACCAAGUAUUUGCAGUGAAUGGCGAUCACUAUGUGGGUGAAUGGAAAGACAACUUAAAACAUGGGAAAGGAACACAGGUCUGGAAGAAGAGCGGCGCUACCUAUGAAGGGGACUGGAGGUUUGGGAAGCGAGAUGGCUAUGGCACCCUCAGCCAUCCCGACCCAGAGACCGGAAAGUACAGAAGGUUGUACUCAGGCUGGUGGAAAGGUGACAAGAAAUCGGGCUAUGGGAUCCAGUUUUACGGACCCAAGGACUAUUAUGAGGGUGAGUGGUGCAGCAACCAGCGCAGCGGGUGGGGACGCAUGUACUACCGCAAUGGCAACAUCUACGAGGGCCAGUGGCGGAACGACAAGCCUGAAGGGGAGGGCAUGUUGCGGCUGAAGAAUGGGAACCGAUAUGAGGGCAGCUGGGAGAGAGGCAUGAAGAAUGGGCAUGGGCGUUUCUUUCACCUGGACCAUGGGCAGUUGUUUGAAGGCUUCUGGGUGGAUGACGUGGCCAAGUGUGGUACCAUGAUUGACUUCGGCCGUGAUGAGGCCCCGGAGCCCACCCAGUUCCCCAUUCCUAAGGUAGAGAUUCAAGACCCAGACGGUGUGCUGAAGGAAGCAAUAGCUGCGCUGAUGAACUCGGAGGAUGAAGAGGACUGACGUCCGAUGAUUGUGUUUCUAAUACUAGUUCCAGCAGCAUCCCCACCUGUAGAGAGCACAUCAAGUCUCAGGAGAAACGCCAGCCCUUGUCACCAAACUGCUCAGACCGGUGCAGCUCCUGCAGAAGCAAGCGACUCUGGGCACGCCCUUGGCUCCCUCAGAGGGCACCUACUCCUCCAAGACACUAGGUUAUUCUUUGCCAAUGGAGGUGCGGUAUUACUUCUCCCUGGCUGGCCUUGGGGACACACUUGUUUAAAGCCUUUGCCCUAUGCCUUUAUAUCAGAGGACAUGAAAAUAAAGAAGAACCUGGUGGCCUUGC